AUGCCCCCCGUUCAUCGCUCCCCACGGCUAACCUCGCUCUCGCGCCCACAGGAACACGUCUGCGAGCGCCAUGUCGGCCGCAAGAGCACCAACAACCUCAACCUGACCUGCUCCUGGGGCAACUGUCGCACCACCACCGUCAAACGCGACCACAUCACCUCGCACAUCCGCGUCCACGUCCCCCUGAAACCGCACAAAUGCGACUUCUGCGGCAAGGCCUUCAAGCGGCCCCAGGACCUCAAGAAGCACGUCAAGACCCAUGCCGACGACUCCGUCCUCGUGCGAUCGCCCGAGCCCGGCCACGGCGCCCGGCCCCCCAACGGCAUGUUCGGCGUCACCAUGGGCCCGGAUGGGAAAACCGGCCACUACUUCGAGAGCGCCCUGGGCCACGUCCCCGGCGCCCCCUACGGCCACCCCCAUGCGCCCUUCUACCACCCGCAGCAGCAGCACCCGCAGCACCCGCAGCAUCCCCAACAUCCCGCGAACCCGUCGUACGGGAACGUCUAUUAUGCCGUGGGCAGCGAUGCCACCCACCAGGCUUCGUAUGAAUCGAAGAAACGGGGAUACGAUGCCCUCAAUGAGUUUUUCGGUGAUUUAAAACGACGUCAGUUCGACCCUACCUCCUAUGCCGCGAUAGGCCAACGCCUCUUGAAUUUGCACGGAUUGCCUCUCCCCUUGGUUCACGCUGCCGCAGUGCCUGAAUACCAGCCAAUGCCUGCGAUGGUCGCUGUUGGUGGUCAUGGAGGUUAUCAUGCUGGCCCAAUCCCUGCCCAGUCCUACCACUUGCCUCCGAUGGGGAAUCUUCGCACCAAGACUGACUUGAUGAAUAUUGAUCAGUUCCUGGAGCAAAUGCAAACCACCGUUUAUGAGAGCGAUGAAAAUGUCGCCGCCGCUGGCGUCGCUCAGCCCGGCGCACAUUUCGUCCACGGGGCCUUGAGUUAUCGCACUACCAACUCCCCCCCCACGGCCUCGCAUCUGCCCUCCAGCCAUGCCAAUGCUCCAGCUGCUGCUGCUGCUGCUACCCCUCAAGUCCUGCCCGCCUCUGCCAGAUCCCCGCACAGUGUGACUCCCUCCUUGACCCCUCCCUCCAGUGCCCAGUCGUACACUUCUGGUCGUUCGCCCGUCUCCCUGGCCUCGACUCACCACAUCCCGCCGUCCUCGCACGCCGCCUCGCUCCCGCAGUCCAGCGCCAGCAUGUAUCCCACCCUGCCGACGUCCUCCGCCCAAGAAUCCGCCGCCGCCGGCUAUCCUAAUGUCUCGGGCACCGCGCCGCCCUCCACGCUCAGCAGCAUGUUCGACAACGACGACCGUCGCCGGUACACCGGCGGCAUGCUGCAGCGCUCGCGCAUGGACUACACCGACGCCAUGGACAUGUCGACGAACGGCAGCAACAGCCCCAACUCGACUGUGAGCCAUCAUGACAAAGUCUCUGACAGUAUGAUCGACCCGUUCCUCCGUCGUGCGUCCAGCGAUCGCCGCUCGUCCACCCCCACUGCCCGACGCAGCAGCGGCUCGGGCAGCAGCCCAGACUCCAGCGAUACUCCUCGCAACAACACCACUACCUCCCGUUCCGCGGAGGACAUGUGGGUGGAGAACGUGCGUCUGCUGCAGCGUCUGCGCGACUACAUCCGCGAUCGCCUCUACCAGGGCGAUUUCGAGCAGGAAAAUCGGCGGUCUCCCAGCUAUUCUCAGGACGGAGGGUUAAGUGCGGGCGAGAUGCAAGGCAUGCAGGCGGUAGCGGCGGCGACGGCGGCGGAUGAUGAUCGGGACGAGGCACGCAGGAACGAGGGGAGUGGUGGCGAGCUGAAGACGGAGAGCUUGUACCCGGUGCUGAAACUGGACGGUGAUGACGACGGUGAUGCGAAGAUGAAAAUGGAUGAAUGA